AUGAUAAAUAAAAUCAUAUCACCAGUGGAUAUAUUAUGUCGAGAGUUAAAUCGACUUGAUAAUGAUAUUGACCGAUUACAAAUGCUUGUUACACUUAAAUCUCAUCUAAAUCAUCUACAAUUCAAUCCGAAUACACUUCAAUUGUUUUUUUCUAUCUUCAACGAUGAACAAUAUCGUUUGCAAGCAAUUAACCAAUUAGUGCCCUUUAUUCACACAUUUAUAACAUCCGAUAGUCUAACAAUACUUUUGGAACUUUUUACCAAUAAUCAAUAUCGUUUAAAUCUAAUUGAAACGCUCAAAAAUUGCGAACCAUUAAAAAUAAAUAAAGAAGUCAAUGAAUUAUUGUGUAAUGAAUAUCGACAAUAUUUUCUUGUGAAAAAAUUUCAAUCCAACCAGAAUAUUAAAAACUCGGAAGAUCAAGUGACUAAAAUAGAAAAUUCAAAAGAGACAGAACCGACAAUUCCUGUUGCUACAACAUCUAAUGUUACUAAAGUUCUAUCAAGUACAUCAGGAGUCUUUGAAAAAGCAAAACAAUUUGUCUGCCGUGUAUUUGGUGGUAGUUCAUCAUCACUGUCUCUGAAUCCAGAAUUAUCAAAUAAAAGACUAAUCAAUGAAGAUAAUACUGAACGAAAGAAAUUUCAUUCUAUCAUUGAUGAUGAUUUACAAUUUCAGCCAACGUCAAUGUCUUUAUCUAGAUCACCAAGUUAUACAUCAAUAAUAACAAAAUCGCCACCACCUUCACCAAUAAUAACACAUACAGAACAGUCAAUUGCUCGUCGAUCAUCGAUGCCAUUUCAUAGCGAUGAAUCUCCUAUACCGCUUCAAUCAAUGAUGGUAACACAGAUCCAUUCAAUUCUUGAUAAUAUUGAUUCAGUUCUCGAUAAAAUUGAAGCACAAGCAAAUUCAGUUAUUCGAAGGCCAACUUUGAAUGAAAAUUAUUCAACUAUCGAAAUACCAGCAAUCGUUCGUACAAAUAAUGAUAGUCCAGAAGAAUUACCAUAUAGAUCUAUACAACAAGGCACUGAUCAAAUCACACAAACAACUAUUAAUAUUAUUGAACGUCAUUUAAAUUUGAAUGAUGGUAGUGGUGAUACAACAUCAACAUUGAUUGAUUUACUUGAUAUUGCCGAAGAAUCUACUUCGAUUGUAUCAUCAGAAUCUAGUGAUGAAAUUAUUGAUAGAUUCAUUGAUUGA